UGUCCCGCUAUAAAAUAUAAAUUAAGCAACAUCCGUUCACUUCUCAAGCCUCGUCCUCCUCUGCUUAGGUAGGAAACCAAUUAAGCAGAAGAGCAGCAGCGAAGAAGCUGAAUUUACUAUGUCGGCCUACUGCGGAAAAUAUCACGAUGAACUCAUUGCCAAUGCUGCUUACCUUGCCACCCCUGGUAAGGGAAUCCUGGCGGCUGACGAGUCCACUGGGACAAUAGGCAAACGCCUUGCCGGCAUCAAUGUAGAGAACAUCGAGGAGAACCGACGGGCCCUCCGCGAACUCCUCUUCUGCACGCGCGGCGCUCUUCAGUACCUAAGCGGUGUCAUCUUCUUUGAGGAGACCCUCUACCAGAAGACUGCUGAUGGAAAGCCAUUUGUCCUAGUCCUGAAGGAGGGUGGGGUCCUUCCUGGCAUCAAGGUCGACAAGGGUACUGUCGAGUUGGCGGGGACCAACGGUGAGACCACCACCCAAGGCCACGACGACCUCGGCAAGCGCUGCGCCAAGUUCUACGAGGUUGGGGCCCGUUUUGCCAAGUGGCGAGCCGUGCUGAAGAUCGGCCCUACCGAGCCAUCCCAGCUGGCGAUCAAUGAGAACGCUAAUGGCCUGGCCCGGUACGCAAUCAUCUGCCAGGAGAAUGGGCUGGUUCCGAUUGUGGAGCCUGAGAUCCUUAUCGAUGGGCCGCAUGACAUUAACCGGUGUGCCGAAGUAUCCGAACGGGUAUUCGCGGCAUGUUACAAGGCGCUCAACGAUCACCACGUUCUUCUAGAGGGGUCUCUGUUGAAGCCCAACAUGGUUACUCCCGGAUCGGAUGCAAAGAAGGUCGCACCGGAGGUGGUGGGUGAAUACACGGUGCGCACUCUUUUGAGGAUGGUCCCGCCGGCAGUUCCGGGCGUUGUUUUCCUCUCCGGCGGUCAGAGCGAGGAGGAAGCAACUUUGAACUUGAAUGCCAUGAACAAGCUGAAGGGCAAGAAGCCGUGGACGCUCUCUUUCUCAUUUGGCCGCGCAUUGCAGCGGAGUGCACUCAACAUUUGGGCGGGGAAGAAGGAGAACGUGGAGAAGGCGAGGGCCGCUUUUCUUUCCAGGUGCAAGGCGAAUUCGGAGGCGACCCUCGGGGCACACAAGGGAGACGCCGCUACAGAAGGUGCAUCUGAGAGUCUUCACGUAAAGGGUUACAACUAUUAGUUUUCUUUUUAAAGCUCUGUUUAAGUUAUAUUUUCAUAUUAGUUGUUAGUAUAGGAGGAAAUGAAAGAAUAAAGGCCGAAUCGCGCUCUUAGCUAUGCUUUAGGGGGGGGGUGCUUCGUUCUUCAGAAAGUUAUCUCAGGACUAAUAAUAAGUGGAGGCAUAGCAGUUUUUUGGGGAUCCACUGAAGUUGUUUUGUCUCUCUGUUUUCUGAUUGAGGAGUUUUCCCAGUUUGUGUUGGAACGUCAAUUGUAUAUGACGGUAUAGCUCCUGGUA